AUGGGAGUGAGGGGUGAGCAAUCUCGUAGGUUGGCAGCCAUGAAGGAAGAACACACAUCACUGCCCCAUGUUCAUCUCACUCUUAUAUCUCUUCCCAGGCAGUGGGCUCCAUUUAGGGCUAAAUUAAAGAGCGAAUCAACUCAGUGGGUACGGCAAUGUGCUCCUACUCUCCAGGACACAUGGUCAAGCGAGCCUCCAUGUCCUGGCCGCCAUGUCCUGCUUCACGACGCUCCAGGAUGCGGGUUCCAAGAAAGGAAUGUCCAGUCGGAGGCCGCAGCUUCCCAGGAACCUGCUACGUGUGAAGUACCGCAUCCUGCUUUCCAUCAUAUCGCUCCUUUCGGUAUCCUAUUUUAUUAUAUGUACCAUAAAAGAGGUUAUAACUAA